GCUUGUGGCUGUGGGCUGCGGCCGGCGGGAGCGGCCUCGCUUCCCCCCUCACGCCCCUGCGAAGACGGGGCGGGGGGUGAAGAAGAAGGAGGAGGCGGGCGAAACUGCAACGCCAAGAGCAGGGAGGAGGAGGAGGAGGAGGAAGCGGCGGCGGCAGAGAACGACCGACCAGAAGGCAGCCCGGCAGAGGCGGAGCCGGCGCUCGAGCCCGGCCGGCCUGGUCCUCACACAGCACGGCCACUGCUGCCACCGCCAUCAGUAGGAGCAGCGCGCGGAGAUGGGUCUUGAAGUAAAGUGAGAUUGGACAUGGCACAUCAAUGAAGCAGUUUCUGUACUAUAUGUUUUAGGGACAGAACUCCAAAAGUGUCAAGCAGCUAGACUUGUUCUGCUUCAUGAUGAAGAAAAUUAGUCUGAAGACCAUUCGUAAGUCUUUUAAUUUAAAUAAAAGCAAGGAUGAUAGUGACUUCGUUGUGGUUACGCAGCCAUCACUAAGUGAUUUUGGAAAAGAUGACUCCUUGUUUGGUAGCUGCUAUGGUAAAGAUUUGGCUAGCUGUGACAUCAACAGCGAAGAUGAAAAAGGUGGCAAAAACCGCUCAAAGAGCGAAAGUUUAAUGGGUACUUUAAAACGAAGACUUUCGGCAAAACAGAAACAGAAGGGCAAAGGCAGCACACCUUCUGUUAGCUCUGCUGAUGACGACACAUUUUCUUCCUCAUCUGCUCCAAUAAACUUCAAAGAUGUGAGGGCUCAAAGACCUCUUCGAUCCACAUCCCUCCGUAAUCACCAUUAUAGUCCAACUCCAUGGCCCCUCCGUCCAACAAAUUCAGAAGAGACGUGCAUAAAAAUGGAGGUGAAAGUAAAGGCCUUGGUUCACUCCUCAAAUCCAAGCCCUGCACUGAAUGGUGUUCGCAAAGAUUUCCAUGACUUGCAGUCAGAAAGUGUGUUCCAGGAACAAAACAAUGCAUUAAAAAGUACAGAAUCUCAGAAUGGAGACUUGCAUCUUCAUAUUGAUGAACAUGUGCCUGUAGUUAUUGGACUUAUGCCUCAGGACUACAUUCAGUAUACUGUGCCUUUAGAUGAGGGAAUGUAUCCUUUGGAAGGAUCACGAAGUUACUGUUUGGAUAGUUCUUCACCCAUGGAGGUUUCAACAGUCUCCUCUCAAAUGGGUGGGAGUGCAUUUCAUGAAGAAGAGGGGACAGUGGGUCAAGAUGUAGUAGUUGCUCCAGAUAUCUUUGUGGACCAGGCAGUGAGUGGCUUGUUGAUUGGUACCACAGGAGUCGUGUUGCAAAGUCCAAGAGCUAAUCACAGUGAUGUUCCUCCACUCUCUCCAUUGCUACCUCCAAUACAGAAUACUCAAAUCCAAAGGAACUAUAAUGGCCUAAGUGGCACAGAUGUCCAUGUGGCUGAAAGUAUGCGCUGUCAUUUGAAUUUUGACCCUAACACCGCACCUGGAGUUGCAAGAGUUUAUGAUUCUGUACAAAACAGUGGCCCUAUGGUUGUAACUAGCCUCACAGAAGAACUGAAAAAACUUGCAAAACAAGGAUGGUACUGGGGCCCUAUUACACGAUGGGAAGCAGAAGGCAAGCUGGCCAAUGUACCCGAUGGUUCAUUUCUUGUACGAGACAGCUCUGAUGAUCGCUAUCUUUUAAGUCUGAGCUUUCGGUCCCAUGGUAAAACUCUUCAUACUAGAAUUGAACAUUCAAAUGGUAGAUUUAGCUUUUAUGAACAACCGGAUGUGGAGGGACAUACUUCUAUAGUUGAUCUAAUUGAACAUUCAAUCAGGGACUCUGAAAAUGGAGCGUUUUGCUACUCAAGGUCUCGAUUGCCUGGAUCUACAACAUACCCAGUCAGACUGACCAAUCCAGUGUCUCGGUUUAUGCAGGUGCGCUCUCUCCAGUAUCUGUGCCGCUUUGUUAUACGUCAGUAUACCAGAAUAGAUCUGAUUCAAAAACUGCCGUUGCCAAACAAAAUGAAGGAUUAUUUACAAGAGAAGCACUACUGAAGGCUAUGGGAACCUUGCAUCUUGCACUUUGGGAACAAAAUAUUAAAGGAGAGAUACUGAAAAAUCGUUUACAAACUUUAAUUGCUAUCAUUUGCUGCCAUAAUUUCAUUUUUUGCGCAUAAAGAAGGGUAAUCCAUUUUUAUUUGUUUAAAUGGGUGAUCUGGGUUUUUUAAAAGACGAUCUCAAGAUUUUUUUUAAAGAGUUAAAUAAUUUUCACUCAGUUUGCAAAAUAAUCACAAUGUGAAUUAUAAAAAGUUUCUUAAAUUCCCCAUCUCCUUUGCUGCUAAUCCACUGUGAUUUUUAUGAAUUCAAAGCACAUUUCAUGUGUUUUCAACCAUAAGUUAAAGUUGAAACUUGAUGAAAUAUAUUUUGUCAACUUCAAAUGGCCUGUUUUUUUUUAAAUUAAAAGUGUGUGGAUAAAACAUGCUGGUAUUAGGAAUUUAGAUGAAUGCUAAAAAUGGUUUCCCAGUAUCCUAAUCAAAACCCAUGAAUUUAACUGUGGGCUGAAGGAAAUGUGAGAUACAAGACAGUUAUGCAACGUAAUCUUUCUAAAGCCUCCUUUCUACUAAACAGUUUCAAAGACUGUAGAUAUUAUUUUGCUUUCUGUUCAUUUUUAACUAUUUUAUUUUUUCCUAGUUUUAAAAAUGGCCUUUUAAAACAGUGUUGGAAAAAUAGAGAAUUGACAUUUUCAUGUUAGUAUUUUGCAUGCUAGACAAAGGCUAAAUGUAAAUUAAGACAAUUGGUAAAAAUGAUUUCUUAUAGAGACUAUAAUUUGGAUUAAGCUUGGUAACACAGAAAACAAAAUGAAAGCUUUUCAACUUUCAACAAUGGGAACUUAUGCCCUUUACUGUGUAGUACUACGGAAUUUUCAUAUGAUCUAGCCAAGGUAAGCAUUCAUGUUCAAUUGAUAUAAUUGGGAGUGCUUCUCCCAUUAAACUCAGUGGAACUUAGAAAUUCUUCACUUUACAUUUUUAAAUAUUUUUCUUUGCAUCUUUUAGUAAUCAUUUUAAUAUAUGGAGCUGCAAAGAAUUAUCCCUAAUGAUGCUUUUAAAAAACUUUGUAUGCUUUAAAAUUAGGGAUGGGUUGAUUGCAUUGUAGCAAAAUCACCAUAGGAAAUGUUUUCUCGUGUUACCAAUUUUCAUUCCUAUAUUACUCACAUUUGAAAAAAAAAGGAAAUUUAGUUCCAUUUGAAGUAUAUGUAUACCUGGCACACGAAAAUCCAUUAGAAGCUUCUCCAGUAUGAACCAUUAGGCUUUCCACAGACAGGGGUGAUUGUGUAUCUUUUAUUUCAGUGAGGUUUAUACUGGAAAUGUUUCAAAUUGAUUUUUCCCAUUAGAAAUCAGAAGGGCUAUUGUAAGGGCCAUUUCAUACACUGGCCCUAAUUGUAUGUUAGUUGUGCUUAAGUCCCUUGAAAUUAACAGGACAUUAGUGAUUACUAAGUUAGUGAUGACUAAUUUAAGCACCAUUUAUUACAAUGGGACUAGAGUGCAACAGUUUUUCUAGAUUGAGGCCAUUAUGAUUUGUGUUUUUUGGGAGUUGUUUCCAUGCUAAAAGUUGUAUUGGGGGUGAACUACUUCAGGAUUGCUCUUGUGAUUCAAAAUAUUCUGAAAAGGAAGAUGAACUCUGAACAUUCUGAAGGAAUUGUUCAAGUUGGGGGUUUGAUUUUUUAGGUUCCAAAAUUUACGUUGUGCCAUUUUCAUCUUUCUUACCUUAUUUUUGCUGUUUAAAAUAUAUGGUAAAUAUUUGCCAUAUUUUUCAUUUCCCCAACUAACCCAUUUGGAUGGGGUUGUUUUUUUUUGUUCCUUUAAAUUCAGUUCAUUCAAGGUUGAUGAAAUUUGAAAAAAGUCUUCAUGUCUGGAUAAUUUUAUCUUUCUUGUUCUACCUAGCCUUUUUGUCUCUGAAUGAGUUUGUAAUAUUAAGUCCAGUGUUGCUGCAAAGUGCUGCAAUGGCACUACAUCCUGGGUUGCCUGAAUCAAUAUGCUAAACUUCUAUUUUUAAAAAAAUUAUUUUUAGAUCAUAGUGUUUAAAAAGAAUAUUGGAGGCAGAGCAUGUCUGUUGCUGCAGGAGAUGCAGGCGGAAGUGUCUCACCCAGUUAAAAUUAAUUUUGAAACAAAAAAGAUGGAGAUGUAUUCUUAAAUUUCUGAGCAAGAUAUAUAAGUGUAUGUGUGCAUCAUUUGUUGACUCUGCUAUUCUGAUAUUUAUGCAAACUAUUUACUUUUUGAUUUCCCUCCUCCCAAAGUAAGACUACAGAUUUUAUACAUAAAAGGCACAAUAAUAUAUACUAUGGUACAGUGUUUUAAGUCUGUCUGAGAGGAAAAAGAAAAUCAUUUUUAUACAAUAGGAGACAUACUUUGGAAUAAAACCCUUGUACUGUAAUUUUCUUGAAAAAAUUCUCCCCCCAAGAACAGAAAAGGGCAGUGUGGUUGGGGAGAAAAACCUUAUAGAAGUAACAUGUAUUAUGGCAAAGAUAUAAAGUCAAAAUUAUUCCAGUGUUCAGUAAUUCUAAAUAAUGAUUAGGGGUUCCUUGUAUAUUACAUUUUUUCCAUAAGUUAAAAAAAUAGAUAUCCAGUAUUCCUGUCGUAUCGGUGUGCUGAGAUAGUUGACAAUGGGUUGGCAUUCUGCAUUUCUGCUUGUCUCUUAUGAGCAAUUGUUAACAUCAGUAACACCAGUAGAUACCAGUACACCAGCUGAAUAUAAGUUUUCUUGGAAUGGUUGUCCAGUCCUUGCACUAUUCAGCCCAACAUUUUCCUUCCUCCCUUUCAGUGAUAGCAAAAUGCUGCAGGAACAUCUGCUCUUCCUACUGCACAACUUGACAGAAGAAAUAUGCCUGAUGAGACCAACAUGUGACCAUGUCAUGUGCCCCAGGAAAGCAAGAAAUUUUUCUUUUGUUUCCUGAGUAACUUCCUUACAGCCAGUGCCUCCUUGUCUCAGCCAGUGCUGUAACAGCCAGUGCCAAGCAUUCACCCUUAACUACCCCACAAACCAACAGUGGCAAAUGAAAGUAGCAGCAUGCUACUGCUGCCUACGUUGGAGCUGACAAAACACUUUGGGUAUAAAUGCUCCAACUCUACCCAGAGCAGAUGUUUUCUCCUUUGCUGGUGGUAACUUUCUAGCAUUGCUCAGUUGGUAGAUGAUUGCAGCUAUGCUGCAGAAAUGCUUCCUGUUGCAUUUGCUCUGAACAUCCUUGAGAGAAGUGGCUAGUUUAAAAGGAGACAGGAAAACCAAGGAAAUGUAGCCCAGCCCAGUUUGCUUAGUCAUCUGAUUUUAAACCUUUGGCAAACCUUAGCCCAAUUCACAUGUUACAGUGAACUCAUGUAUAUCCUGCAUGUAAAUGCAUACAUCUGUUGGUAAGAAAGAGCCAAUACAUGCUCAAUGCAGCUGAAACCAGAUUUGUAUCUGGAUAAAUGUGUGUUCAACUAUACAUGCAUUGCAUGUAACAUGAGAAUUAAUCACUUUUUAAAAAAGCAAGUGGACACUGUACAGAGUCCUUCCUGACUCUGUUGCUUGAAUGUUGUGAAAAGUUCAUUUUGUUGCCAUACUUUUGUUCAGUUUGUUGCCAUACUGAUAUCUAUUAUACUCAAUCACAGUUUCUGAAUAUGUGAUGGCAAUGCAGACAGAAAAGAAAUCAGGCAAUACUGCAGUAUUGUGAAGUGCUGGAAAGUGGAUUUCCUUCCCUGAAUUGCUUGUUGCCAGAAGACCUCUUUAUAUAAGCUGUUAAUGGAGUCAUACUGUAAUAACAUUUAACAUAGAUUCACCCUUAACUACAAGAAAACAGUAUAAAAAAAGAGACACCCUCAUCAAAUUAAGAAUAAACUUAAUCAGUUCAGCUGAAGAGUAUGUCCUGUAACUUUAUGGAGGUGGUUUACUUAAGUUGUAUUAUCACUCUGUGAACAAAUCCCAUUGAUUACAUGUUCAGGUUUUGUGCUAGCAGAACAGACUUUUAGCAAGCAGAAGGAGCACAAUUUAAAGAACCUUAAGAUUAGUUAAAUACUUAUAAUUUUAUCAAAUUAACUGCCAUGUCUGUGCUAGCAUAAUUUAUUUAAUAAACACAUUUGUACAACAUUACUUUGUACAACAUUUAAAUUUGGUUUUUGGAGAAAUGUGGGAUAUAAAUAUUUCAAAUAAAUUCAGUAAACGAAAUCACAGGAAAUGCUACUGUAGAACAUCUCAUUGAAAUACAGUGGUAUGAAAUUAGCCUUUUACAAAAUGAACAGUAAAACAGAACAAAAAAGGUGGUUGUUUUAAGGCCUUUGAGUUAUAUUCAGCAAACAAAUAAUAGUAAGCCUGUAAACAUUAUACUUGAGGGUGUCCAUUUUUUAAAAAGUGUGUGAAAAUAGACAUCAGCAGGUAGGAACAGGGGAUUGAUACAUCUGCAUACUAUGUGUUCACUGUACAAUCCAAGCCAGUGGUAGCUGAGCUUUCUAGUUACCAAGAUAAGUUUUGGUUAAAUUUCUAGAAGAAUUGUCUCCUUUCCCCUAUCUUAGGAUAUUUACAUUAGACUACAGCUGUGCAGGAGCUACUGCUCACCGUGUAUUGCUAUAUUGCUCCUUCUUUUAAGUGGAUAGGUUGACCCAUAAUCUAAAUAUUUUCUAUUUCACCUUAAUAAUAAAAAUGAGAUUUCUUAUCGCCUUUAUGGCAAAAGAAUUUUCAUAACUAUUACAGAGCUUUUUCUUCUACUUUUAACAGGAUAUGAAAACUAGUAUGUGAACCAGACAUUUUCAAAUUGGAUCACUGAAAUAGAAAUUAUUUGCUUUUUAAUUAGACCUAACAGUUACUGUAUUAUCAAUAUAUUCUAGUACCAAUUCUGAUAUAUACAGUGUAUUGGCAACCAGCAACUUUCCAUUUUCCAUCCUCCACCUGCAGAAAACCAAUGCUGGCAAAUGUCUGAAGGUGUGGAUAACAUCUUUAUUUGCCACCACUGGCUUUAAAUCUCUUGUAUAACCUUAGCAUCAAGUCUUUCUUAUUUUUCUUGUUCCUUAUUUUUCAAGUCUCCCCUCACCCCGGCUUCAUUUCUAUGCAUUCUUUUCAUUUCUGCACUUUAUUCCAGCAAAUAUACAGAAACAUACAGACAUACUUAUUGAAUAAAUGUCCAUCCAGGUCCCAUAUUUAUACAAAGUUUGCUAAAGCCACUUGAGAAUCCAAGAAAUUUUUCUCACAAUUAUAGACUGUGGACAAAAUGUCAUAUAAGGUGCAGCGUAAUGGUUGUUGCAUUUCCAAGGAUCAUAGUUUGGCAGCUUGAAAUGAGUUGUUGAUGCCAUUCCCUAUCUCUGAGAAAUAAACUAGGCUUUCAGUCCAAUUUUUGAUGUGUAAAAACAAAAUUUUCCUGUGUGGAAAUCCUACUUACACCUCUUAGAACUGGGAAGUAAAAAGUGGCAGCCACGAGGCAUCAUCUGUAGCUCCAUCACUGGGCACCAAGAUAAGGGCUGUCUUUCACAGAGGCUGUUUCCGCACGGCCGUCAAGGCGCCUCCACGCCGGCAAGAAUUCUGCCAGCGUGGAGGCGGAGGCCGUUCGCAUGCAAGCAUGCGGGCGGCCUCCGGAGAGGGGGUCGGAGGACA